AUGGUGGUCAGGAGACACAUGGGCCACGGGACUAUGGUGGGUCAGGAACACUUGGGCUCAGGGACUGGUGUCAGGGAACACAUGGGCUCAGGGACUAUGAUGGAGCUACUUCAGGAUGAGACUCGUCAGAAGCUGGCUCUGGGCUCCAGGCUGGCUGAGUUGCGGAGGCAGUCGGAGGAGGUGAAUGCGGCGGUGGAGGCAGGAGAGGAGACGCGCAGGAAACUGCAGAGGGACCUAGACCAGGCCGUCCAGAGAGAACAACAGAAGGAGGAGGAGAAAGAACGCGUGGAGCGUCAGAGGGAGAGGCUGAGGGAGGAGAUAGAGGACAUGACCCUGGCCCUGCAGAGAGAGAGACAGAACUGCACCACCCUGGAGAAGAGGCAGAAGAAGUUUGACCAGUGCCUAUCAGAGGAGAAGGCGGUGAGUGCCCGGCUGGCUGAGGAGAGAGACAGGGCCGAGGCAGACAGUAGAGAGAAGGAGACACGCUCCCUGGCACUGGCACGAGCCCUGCAGGAGGCCCAAGAUCAGAGGGACGAGCUGGAGAGAUCUAACAAGCAGCUCCGCAUAGACAUGGAACAACUAGUCAAUCAACAGGAUGACGUGGGGAAGAAUGUGCAUGAGUUGGAGCGUUCCCGGCGGGCCCUGGAGACAGAGGCAGAGUCCCUGCGCACUCAGACCCAGGAGCUGGAGGAGGAGCUGGGGGAGGCGGAGAACUCCAGGCUGAGGCUCGAGGUCACCCUCCAAGCCCUCAGGGCCCAGUUUGAGAGAGAGAUCAGCACCAAGGAGGAGAAAGGAGAGGAGAAGAGGAGGUCUCUCAACAAACAGGUGAGGGAGUUGGAGACCCAGCUAGAGGAGGAGAGGAGUCAACGCUCUCAGGCCAUGUCCAUCAAGAAGCAGCUGGAGGCGGAGCUACAGGAGGCUGAGGCUCAGGUGGAGUCAGCCAAUCGCGGCAGGGAGGAGGGGCUUAGGCAGCUACGGAGACUGCAGGUUCAGAUGAAGGAGGUGCUUCGUGAGCUGGAUGAGUCCAAGCUGGCCCGUGACGAGGUGGUCGUCCAAUCAAAAGACACAGAGAAGCGCCUGCAGACCUUGGAGGCGGAGUUACUGCAGCUUACAGAGGAUUUAUCAGUGUCUGAGAAGAUGAGGAGACAGGCCCAGCAGGAGAGAGAUGAGAUGGCUGAUGAGAUCGUCAACAGCUCUACCGGGAAGUCUGCUCUGUGUGAUGAGAAGCGGAGGUUGGAGGCGCGAGUCACUCAGCUGGAGGAGGAGUUGGAGGAGGAGCAAAGCAAUGCUGAACUAGUGGCCGAGAGACACAGGAAGACUACACUUCAGGUGGAGACUCUGGCGGUGCAGCUGCAGGGAGAGAGGACCCUGGGCCAGAAGGCUGAGGGGGCCAGGGAGGCUCUGGAGAGGAAUAACAAGGAGCUGAAGCUGAAGCUGGGUGAGAUGGAGGGAGCUGUCAGGGGAAAACACAGGCUCAGUGUCGCCGCCCUGGAGGCCAAGAUGGACGGCAUGGAGGAGCAGCUGGAGCAGGAGAGACAAGAGCGGGCGAUAGCCAACAAGCUGGUGAGGAAGACAGAGAAAAAACUGAAGGAGGUGAUGAUGCAGGCGGAGGACGAGAGGAGACACGCAGACCAGUACAGAGAACAGUUGGAUAAGUCUAUGGGCCGGCUGAGGCAGCUGAAGAGGCAGCUCGAGGAGGUGGAGGAGGAUAACUCUCGUUCCAACGCCCAGAGACGUAAACUGCAGAGAGAGAUGGAGGAGCUGACUGACAGCUCCCAGAGCAUGACCCGCGAGAUCACCGCUCUACGCAGCCAUCUCAGGCGUGCUCCGAUGCCCCUUGGGAUGCGUUCAGGUCGCAGGGCGUUGGUGGAUGAUCUGUCGUGUGAGAACUCUGACUCGGAGGACCCCCCCCCCCUCCCCGACACCUUCUUCUGGUACUGGCCCCGGAACUGGCCCCGGCACCCCCACACCCCCCUCUGA